CACACCAUUGUGAUAAAGUCCUUUUCGUACUAGCAUCAGCAAUUAUUUCGUAAAUAAUUCUUAUAAAAAGACGUAAAUCAGAUAUUUACCAUGUUUAACAUGAUUAAAGUAUGUCGCACGCUCGGAAGAUGUGUUAAUAUUCUCCGAUUAAUAGAUAUAAAAAUGAAUCAUUUUGAAAACCGAACUAUGUUCAGGAGAUUACAUUCAGGGAGCGAUGCAUACAACAAAAAGUUAGACUUGUAUCGACAAUUAUAUGCAAAAAUAUUAGCAUGCGGCCCCAUAACACUUGCUGAGUAUAUGAAGGAAAUCUUGAUCCAUCCUACCGCAGGUUAUUACAUGACUAGAGAUGUUUUUGGUCAGAAAGGAGAUUUCACAACUUCUCCAGAAAUCAGCCAACUUUUUGGAGAAAUCAUAGCGAUCUGGAUAAUCAAUGAAUGGAGAAAAAUUACCAACGGACCUGUUCAACUUGUGGAAUUGGGUCCAGGAAGAGGUACUCUAAUCAAUGAUAUCUUACGGGUAUUUAAAAAGUUGAAUCUUUUGGAUAAGGUAUCAGUUCAUUUGGUUGAAAUUAGCCCUGUUCUAUCUCAGCUUCAAGCAGAAAAAUUAUGCACAGAAAGCAGAAACAACGAAUCAAUAGCCGAUGCAAAUGAAAAAUCAUCAGUAACCUAUUACAAAGAAGGUAUCGCAAAAAAUGGAGGAGUAAAGAUGUAUUGGUAUUAUUCUAUCAACGAUGUACCUAGAAAUUUCAGUAUAUUUGUUGCACAUGAGUUCUUUGAUGCCUUGCCAAUACAUAAAUUUCAGAAAACUGAUAAAGGUUGGAGAGAAGUUUUAGUAGACAUAGUACAAGAAACAAAUGAAGAGAGGUUUCGAUAUGUGCUUUCACAAACAGUGACAGCAGCUUGCAAAGUGUAUCUACCUCCAAAUGAGAAAAGAGAUCAUGUGGAGAUAAGUCCACAGUGUUUAGUUAUAAUGGACUACAUGUCCCAGUUUUUAUGGGAAUGUGGAGGAUUUGCAUUAGUUAUUGAUUAUGGUCAUGAAAGGGAAAAAAGUGAUACAUUUCGUGCAUUCUAUCAACAUAAAUUGCAUGAUCCCUUGUUGAGGCCUGGAACUGCAGAUUUGACUGCUGAUGUUGACUUCUUAUUAAUGAAAGAAAUUGCACAGAAAAAUAAUAGAUUAAUCACAUUUGGUCCUGUGACACAAAGAAGAUUCUUGAGGAAUCUUGGCAUUGAUUUACGGUUAAAAAUACUUUUGCAAAAUACUACCAGUAUUCAAAAGCAGCAAAUUGAGUCAGGAUAUCACAUGAUAACUGACAAAGAUAAAAUGGGAAAUUGUUUUAAGGUGUUAACUCUUUUCCCAUUUGUUUUAAAGGAUCAUUUAACAAAAUGGCCAGUAGUAGGAUUUGAGGAUGAGGUAAAGGCAAUAGACAAAGCAGAUUCAUCAAAUUAAAUUAAAAUAUUAAAUUU